AAGGCACCAACAAGAUGUUGGUCUAGUGUUAAACAAGUUAGACCCGGUAAGAGCCAUGACACGACUUCAAAGUUUGAAUCCCUCAAAAAGUCAUUUGUUGGGAAUUUCCCGAAUGAGUGGGGAGACAAAUGGACAAAAUACAAAAAAAAAUAAAGUAAGGCCAUGGCCAUGCAGGGGGUGCCUUUUCUGCGGCUUUGAAUCUGGCUUUUUAAUGGUAUCUUGAGGGUUUAGUAACAAAAGUCACUUGUUUCAAUUGAAUUUCCUAAUUAGCAUAAGGUUUACUCCAUGUGACCUUUGAUUGAUGCAUUUUUCAUGGGGGCACUUCUCCCUCACUCUCUAAUGCCUCUUCUAAAUUGCACCUAUAUAUACACACAUUCUAAUAGAAAACUUUUUCACUAAUGUAUAAUAAAAAUCAUAGAAGCUUUUGCCCUCCCUUAUUAUCUCAAUCCUCAACUUUCAGAAACCUCUCCUUUGAUUUUCAUUUCCAUCCCCAUCAAGGUGGGGAAAUAUUGAAUCUACUUGGAUUCAUAGAAUGGUUUUUGGUCGAAAUUCGAGUUCGAGAAGCGGGGAUAGCUCGGAAGGGAUGGUGGUUAAUGACCAUGCUGGUGGAAUUGGAAAGGCCAAAUUGAAGGCUCAAAAAAUUGCUUCCACCAACACUAAGCUUGUUGCAGUACUCACAUGCUUCCAAUUUAUGUUUGCAGGAUAUGCAACAUUCCUAUUGUACUAUAUCAGUCCUUCCAUAGAUUUACAAACCAAGCCAGAUUUUACAUGGGCUACUCAUUUUGCAAACCAAUGGAAGCAGAUUCUGAUCAAACCUCAUGUGGUCAGUCACUAUCAAGAUGCUUCUUCUCUCAUCAAAGAGGAAAUUAAAUUCAAACCAAUCACAGAAGUAUGCCAAAAUGAGAAGAUAGAUUUCAUGCAAAAGAAGUCCAAUGAUAUUCCCAUGAUCAAGCUGAAGAGAGAGCUCUAUGAUGAGGUUCUGAACUUCCAAAGAGAGACAAUUGGAACAGAAACUCUAUCUGAGCUUAUGGCAAUGAAAUCUAAAUGGGAAUUGAAAGGUCCAAACAAGCCAAAAAUCACAGUUUUACUGAACCACUUCAAAAGAAAAACACUUUGUGCUCAGCUUGAUUCCUUGCUACAACAGACCCUCCCUUUCCAUCAGGUUUGGGUGCUCUCAUUUGGGAGCCCGAACGAGCUUGCUUUGAAGACAAUCGUCGAUCGCUACAAUGAUUCGAGGAUCAGUUUUAUCAGCUCAAGCUAUGAUUUCAAGUACUAUGGGAGGUUCCAAAUGGCUUUACAGACAGAAGCUGAUUUGGUGUACAUUGUUGAUGAUGACAUGAUUCCUGGUAGGAAGAUGCUGCAGAUUUUGGCUCAUGUGGCUGGGACAGAGAAGUACAAGAACUCUGUUCUAGGAAGCAUUGGGAGGAUUUUGCCUUUUAGACAGAAGGAUUUCACGUUUCCAAGUUACAGAAAGUUUAGGUCUAAAGAAGCAGGGUUGUAUUUGCCUGAUCCUGCUUAUGAUAUCACAGUUGAGAAAAUUGUGCAGGUGGAUUUUCUGUCUAGCUCUUGGUUUUUAUCUGCUGAGCUUGUCAAAACUCUCUUCAUAGAGACUCCUUUGACCUUCUCAACUGGUGAAGAUCUGCACCUCAGCUAUCAGCUUCAGAAGUACAGAAAUGCAGGGUCUUUCGUUCUCCCCGUUGACCCCAAAGAUAAGGAAACUUGGGGUGAUAGUGAACACAGACUAGCCUAUGUGUCUGAAACCACUGUAAUUUUCAAGGACAUAGUUCAAGUCAGGGAUGAUCAAUGGUGGAGAGCACUUUCUAGAGGUUAUGUGACUCAAUGGGCAGCAAUGCAUCCUCAAAAAAUUGAUGCACUCUUUUAUGCUCACUCCAUUGAAGAAGUGAAAGCACUUGCACCUCUUCUUGAGAAAUUCAGGUCCUCAGUUGGCAAAAAGGCCUACAUUGUUGUCUCUGGAGGAAACUUCUGCUCCUGUGAAGAUGCUGCAAGAGUUUUGAAGUGGCCUGUGUUUGUCUGUAGAGAGAGACGUUUCAAGAUAUUUGAUUUGGGACUUGGAGCACUUACUGGUGGAGUAUCAAACUCUGAGGUGCCAGUGAUACAAGCAGUGUUCUCCAGCAUGAAGGGUUUGAUCAAAAUUCACAAUCCUAGUGUGGUGGUUACAGUAGCUGACAUUGACAUGAAUGUGAGGAAAGCACUGAAGAUGGCAUCAGAAAGUCAUUCAAAUGGUACCACUCUUGUUGUUUUACCAAGAGCUUCAGUGUCUAAAGUUCUUUGGAUGGCUGAUCUGCGUUCAACAGCAUUGCCAAAUUGGAACCGGAUGCGGAUCUCAAUCAAUAUCAUCACCCAAAACCGAGCCAAUUCACUAACAAGGCUUCUAAAAUCUCUGAGCAGUGCCUUCUACCUAGGUGAUGAAGUUCCCAUUGCCUUCAACAUGGACAGCAAGGUAGAUGAGGCAACCAUAAGACUAGUGAGUUCAUUUGAGUGGCCUCAUGGACCCAAAACCCUGAGGAGGAGAAUCAUCCAAGGAGGGCUCAUAAGAGCAGUGAGUGAGAGCUGGUAUCCAUCUUCUGAUGAUGACUUUGGCCUCUUACUUGAAGAUGACAUUGAAGUUUCUCCUUACUAUUACCUUUGGAUCAAGUAUGCGCUUCUAUCUUACCACUAUGACCCUCAAGUCUCUCUCCCUGAACUCUCUUCAAUCUCACUCUACACCCCAAAAUUGAUUGAAGUUGUCAAAGAGAGACCCAAGUGGAAUGCCACAGAAGUUUUCAAACACAUCCAUCCCAACACACCUUACUUACACCAAUUACCAUGCAGUUGGGGGGCAUUGUUCUUCCCUAAGCAAUGGAGAGAGUUUUAUGUGUACAUGAACAUGAGGUUCACUGAAGAUGCAAAAGCAAACCCAGUUCAAAUCCCUAGGUCUAGAACAAAUGGGUGGCAAGCUUCAUGGAAGAAGUUCCUUAUAGACAUGAUGUAUCUCAGAGGCUAUGUUAGUCUCUAUCCAAAUUUCCCUAACCAAGCAAGCUUUUCAACUAACCAUAUGGAACCAGGAGCACAUAUUAGUGCUAAAGAAAAUGUGGUGAGGCAUGAUAAGCAAGAUUUUGAGGUUCCAUUGUUGAUGGAAGAUUUUAGGGAGUUUUUGCCAGGAAUGAAAUUGCCUCCACCCUCAAAGCUUCCAUCUUUGAAUCUCUUUAAUCAGCCAGUUUCUCUCAAGGGGCUAAAGAGUGCUGGAGCUAAGUUGGGCCAAGAUGUGCUUAGAUGUGACAAUGCCACUGAAAUUGUAGCUGUGGAUCAUGAUACAGGUCUGCCACACAGAUGCGCCAAAUUCUAAGUGCUUCUUUGAAAAACCUUCUACAGUUGAUUCUGAUGAAAGAGAAGUUGCAUCAAAUCAAACGUGUCAUAAGGAGUUUCAGUGCUCUGAUUAGUUGCUCAUUCUUUUGAAUCCUCCUUAUUUAGAUGCAAUUCUGGUUUAAAUUGAGUGGUUAAUUGGGUCCAGGAUUUUCUUGUCAAGGGGAAAUAGGAAGGAGUUGCACUCAUGUUUCCCAAAUGGACAAAGGUAAUUAUGUAAGUUGGAACACAUAUCAUUCUUCAGGGAAAAUUGUAAUUAAAUUGUUGAUAUUGCAAAGUGGCUAGAGUGUGUUUAUUUUUCCA